AUGACUUCUUCCAUCCUAAUCGCCGGCGCCACUGGCAACACCGGCCGAGCUGUCGCUCGGACGCUGCCAAAGCUGCUUCAGUCAAACAAGAGUCUGAAUGGGAACCGUAUCAUUGCUCUCACUCGCUCCUCGAGCAGUCCAGUGGCACACGAGCUUGCCAAAAUCCCUGGAGUUGAAGUGAUCGAGCAGAACUGGGUUGAGAUCACCGCCGACUGGCUCCGUGAGCAUGAAGUUACUAGAGCCUUUAUUGCAUGCCACAAUGAGCCCAACCAAUUUGCCGAGGAGUCGACCUUCUAUCUCAAUGCCCUCAGCGCCAGCGUCAAAUAUGUCGUGCGGAUCUCGACUACGGCUGCGAAUGUGCGCCCGGAUUGCCCUGCCUACUAUCCACGCCAACACUGGGCCAUCGAGGCUCUCCUCGACUCACCCGAAUUCAACAACUUGCAAUGGACGUCUCUUCAGCCGAACAUCUUCUCGCCGCUUAUCAUGUCCCCUGCUGUGGAAUUCAUCAAAAAGUACCGCAAGACUGGAGAGCAGGAUACCCUUCGUCUCAUACUAUCAGAGGAUGGACCAGUCGGGAUUAUCGACCCCGACGAGAUUGGUGUUAUUGCAGCUCAUCUCUUGGCUCAAGAUGACACUUCCGUGCACAACAAGGCAAAGUAUAUUUUGAACGGACCUGAGGACAUAACUGGAAGACAAAUUGUCGGCAUGAUUGAGCGACACAUUGGCGCACCCGUCAAAGACGUCAGUUACGAAGACGUUUCUUUCAUCGACAUGCUUUAUGAGCACCAGUAUGCGGCUACCAAGCAAUCGAAGAACGUCAUCUACUCAAUCAAGCGUGCCCCAGAGACAGCGUGGGAAGGGAAAUGCUCGACCUCUACAACAAGCAAAGAGAUUCUGAGAUUGCUGCUCCAAAACGAACACCUGCUGAUGUUUUGGAGAAAUUACUCGAUGAUAUAUGGCGCAGGGAAUCAGUUCCAGCAAAAUAUUAACCGUUCGGGAUAG